AUGCAACAAUCAACCCUAUUUGUUACACUAUUCACCCUACCCCCCUUCAUCCUCGUACUAUCCUGCUCCCUCCCAGCCCCCAAAACCCUCCACCCGGCUGACUUUAAAAGUAUAAUAACUAAACUGGCAUUCUUGCAAAGCCUCCCUCCCCUCCUCUUAUUAGUCUAUAACAACACAACCGCUCUCUCAUUCCAAUGACACUGACUCAACGUAGGAACUUGCUCUGUUCACCUGGGCCUUAAAGUUGACACCUUCUCAGUCUUCUUUAUCCCAACAGCCUUAUUCGUCACAUGAUCAAUCAUAGAGUUCACCAAAGCAUACAUAUACUCAGACCCCAAAAUCACCAGCUUCUUUAACCACCUCCUAAUUUUUAUUCUAAUGAUGAUCCUUCUAAUCUCCGCUAACAACUUACUCAUAUUAUUCGUGGGCUGAGAGGGAGUAGGCAUCUUGUCGUUCAAGCUCAUCAACUGAUGAUCCUUCCGAGCGGACUCUAACAAGGCAGCCCUACAGGCCAUCAUUUACAACCGCCUAGCAGAUAUCGGAAUACUCGCUAGCAUUUCAUGAAUGGCCCUAAAUAGCCUCACCCUCGACGCCCAAGACGUCCCCAUAUCCCCCGACCACUCACUCAUCCUAGCCAUAGCCCUUGUCCUAGCAGCAGCUGGAAAAUCAGCCCAAUUUGGCUUCCAUCCCUGGCUCCCAGCAGCCAUAGAGGGCCCCACACCAGUCUCAGCCCUACUCCACUCAAGCACCAUAGUAGUAGCAGGCAUUUUCUUAUUAAUCCGAACCUCCCACAUCAUCUACAGCAGCCAAACAGCAACCACAGCCUGCCUGCUCCUAGGAGCAGCAACCUCCCUGCUCACAGCUGCCUGCGCCCUCACCCAAAAUGAUAUGAAGAAGAUUAUUGCAUUCUCAACCUCAAGCCAACUUGGACUAAUAAUGAGCACAAUUGGACUUAAACAGCCCGAACUUGCAUUUCUACACAUCUCAACACAUGCCUUUUUUAAAGCAAUACUAUUCCUGUGCGCAGGGUCAAUUAUCCAUAGCCUUAACAACGAGCAAGAUAUUCGAAAGAUGGGCGGCCUUAAAAAAGCAAUACCCAUCACCACCUCUUGCUUGACUAUUGGAGCAUUAGCUCUCACCGGCAUACCCUUCCUCUCAGGAUUUUUUUCCAAAGACGCCAUUAUUGAAUCGCUAAAUACCUCAUACACUAGCGCCUGGGCCCUUACCCUCGUCCUACUCGCCACCUCCUUCACUGCAGUUUAUAGCUUCCGCAUGAUUUAUUUUACCCUACUAAACACCAACCGCCUAACACCCAUGAACCCCAUUAAUGAAAACCCAGAAACUGUAAACCCCAUCAUACGUCUAGCUGUCGGAAGCAUUGUAGCCGGGCUAUUAAUUUCAACCCACAUACUACCCUCUAAUACCCCCCAACUAACCAUGCCUGGCCCAAUCAAACUUGCAGCCCUCACCAUCACAAUAGCUGGCCUACUAGUCGCAAUAGCCCUGACCUACGCCACCAACAAAUUCCCCCCAUCCACCAACGACACUCAACUGCCCUUCCUAACUAAACUGGCCUACUUCAACCUCCUAUUCCACCAUCUCUUCUCCACCACUGCCCUUUACAUAAGCCAGAAACUAUCUACCCAUCUGACCGACCAAACAUGAUACGAAACUAUCGGACCAAAAACAUUAGCCUAUCUUCAAACCCUGUUAGCCAAAACUAUUACCCCCUAUCACAAAGGAAAAAUGAAACAGUACUUCAAAACCUUUUUACUAACCAUUGCCGUAAUUAUCUUCUUCCUUCUGUUCUAA